AUGCGAAUUACUCCCACUGCUUCGCUACUGUCAAUCGCGAGAAUGGCUCUUCAUCCGCCGCCCGAGACGUCCAAGCUGAUCUUCGCCCCCGCGGGCUCCAAGCCCACAGGUCAGGCUGAGCAGUUCACAAGGGGAACCCUCGUUCGCUCACAGCUAAACUCGACCUCGCCGAUCCCCCAGUUCCACGAGUGGUUCUCGCGCGCGCAAAAGCCCGACUCUGGCGUCGCACACCCAGAGGCGUGCACCCUCUCAACCGCCUCUCUUCCGUCGGGCCGCGUGUCCUCGCGCACCGUGUACCUCAAGGAGUUGGAUGCCCGCGGGUUCGUCAUCUACACAAACCUCGGCACGUCGCGCAAGUCGGCAGAUAUGGAGAGCAACCCGCGGGCUGCGCUGCUGUUCUUUUGGGAGGCGCUGCAGCAGCAGGUGCAUGUCGAGGGAAAGGUGGAGCGCAUCACCCGUGAGGAGAGCCAGACAUACUACGAUACGAGAGCACGCGGAAGUCGUAUUGGUGCAUGGGCUAGUCGACAGAGUCAGGUGCUAGAGCCUCAAGGUGAGGGUGACGAUGGACGGGAGCAGCUACAGGAGUGGUACAAAGAGGUCGAGGAGCGGUUCGAGGGAGAGGAGAAGAUUCCUGUGCCGGAGUUUUGGGGUGGCGUGAGAAUUAUUCCUGACAGGAUGGAGUUCUGGCAGGGUAGGGAGAGCCGCCUGCACGACCGGUUCGUGUAUGAGCGUGAGGGAGAAGCCGAAGAGUGGACGCUGAAGAGGUUGAGCCCUUAG